CAUAUGCGGCCCCUCGAUGUUGGGGUUGAUAACAAAAAUUGGUAUCCAAAACAAAUGGCUUGUAUCUUUUAUGAUCUGCAGUGCUGUCAAUAUUUGUGCUGGAACGGUAUUUCUUCUUUACGGAUCAGCGAAAGAGCAAGAAUGGGCGAAAGUAAGGCCAUCCGCUUCAACAGCCUGAGCUGCAAGCAUCAGGACUGAACAUCUUCUUAACAUGAAGAAACAUUGAAGAGUGCCAACAAUGAAGAUGAACUAUGAUACUAACGUAUAUAAUUUAGUUUGAGGUGAUGUACAGGCUAGUAGACCUAACCUCGAUUAUUAUGUCCUAUCUCGCCAUAACAUUUGCGCGCGAGCAUACCCUCGAUACAUAGAGCCACAUACUCUGGUAACCUUUACUCUGAGGGCUAUGAGGGAACACAACCU